UUUCUUUCGGUCACAAGCGGUAGAAGACAGUGCACGCUAAAACUAGCAUUCCGAAUUAAAUUCGACAAUUUAUUCUUAAUUCACUUUUAUUUUAUUUAUAAUCGAAAGCUUAUCGCUAGUUAGUAACAUUUGUAAUCAGUGGAAUAUAAAUGAAUCAAGGAAGUAUUCAAAUCAUUCUUUUUAUAUAUAGUGCACUUGUCUUUGUUUACAAAAUUUGAAUUCCUGAAAAAUGUGCUUUUAAGAGUUAAAAAUCCAUAUAUACAUAUAUCUGUCAUGGAUCUGUUUUGUUGUGAAUCAGAAUCUGUCACCAAAUUUUCUGAGGACUCUGUGUUAUUAGAAGAUUCUAGGGUUUUUGAAAAUUUACUGCAAAUAGAAGACCGUUAUGUACUGUCAUCAUGUUAUUUUAAAUGCCUACAGACUGAUCUAAAGCCAUAUAUGAGGACAAUUGUUGCUGAAUGGAUGCAAGAAGUGUGCGAGGAAGAGCGUUGCCAAGAUGAAGUGUUCCCUUUAGCCGUCAAUUGCCUGGACAGGUUCCUUUCUCUGGUCAGGGUACAAAAAAGUCAACUACAGCUCUUAGGGGCUGUUUGUCUCUUUCUAGCCUCCAAAUUGCGCCAAAGCAGGCCACUAACUGCGGAGAGGCUGUGCCUCUAUUCCGACCACUCCAUUACAGUUUCGCAGCUAAUAAGCUGGGAACUUCUGGUUUUAAACACAUUAAAGUGGGACCUGUCAGCCAUUACACCUUUUGACUUCCUUGGCCACAUUCUAAGGAGAUUACCUAUUUUCCGGGAGAUGGACCUUGUUAAAAGGCACGCGCACACAUUUAUAGGACUUUGUACAACAGAUGUUAAAUUUUCUAUGUAUCCUCCUUCCACGAUUGCUGCUGCAAGUAUUGGAGCUGCCAUUCAAGGGUUAAGAGCACGUCUUGAUAUACAAUGGUCUUCACCCAGUGAAUUACUUUCCAAAUUACAAGCAAUCACUGGUAUAGAAAGAGACUGUUUGCGGGCAUGCUGGGAACAAAUAGAAGAAACCAUAGUCAGUCGCAUUGCUGCCGCUACUCGAGCAUCUCUGAAUUCAUUAGGCUUGUCAACUAAUCAUAAACUUGCAGAACAAGAAAUGGGUUCAUUGGGCAUUAUUCAAGCUGAAAAUCCACCUGAUGUCCAAGACGUGUUGUUUUAAUUUACAGUAUUUAAAAAAACUAAUGACUAAAAAAUUGUAAAAAUUGAAUUGCUGUGUGCUGAACUAAGAAAUGGUAGGAAUAGUGAAAGGACACAUAACUUAUUGCUAGUCAUAGAACUUGACCGUAAGAUGGAUUGUGAGUGGAACAACAGUUGUCCUAAAAGCAUACUUAGGCUGUGGUUCAAGAAUUUUAAAUUAAAUAUCAAGUUAUAAUAAGCUGCUACUUGUCCUAGUGGAAGUAUUUUCCAUUCACCACAUACAUAUUUUCUUUUGCCAUACAGUCUUUCCUGUUUUAGAGUAUUAAAUUCUGUUUGCAUUUAUGAUACCAUAUUUGUAAAAUGGUAUGGGAGGAAAAAAAGUGUUUACUCUCUUAAUUUUAGUAAUUUAUAUUCUAAAACAACAGUUGAAAACUGUAUGGUAAAUUUUCAAGGGUCAAUGGUCAGUUUUGUACAAAGUGUUUUCAAGUGGUAGUUAUCCAUUCCAUUGCAUAAUUUCAAAACAUUUUGCAUUUUUUAAUUAUACACUAAAUAUUCGUACAGGGACCAAAUUUUUUCAUAAGAAAUUGUGUGAUGGAAUUAAUUUUUUUAUAAUGGUAAAAAUAAUUUUGUAUAUAAAGUCUUAGCAUUUGUUAAUCACGCAAUUUCUUUUCUGGAUGAUUAUUUUUGAUAAACUUGUUAUAUAUUGAGUACUUUUUGAAGAUAUUAACAUUAAAGUGCAUUAUGUAGCAUUUAAUAAAUCUUCAGAGAUUAUUAAAUGUGAUCAUGUACUGUUUAUAUAUCAUAAGUUUAAAUUAUGCCAUUGUAUCACCCUGACUGAUACAACAGCAAUUGCCAUAUCAUAGUUUAUAUGCAAUAAAGUGUUCAUAAGUAGUUAGUAUUUUCAAGUGCCUUGCCCAUUCACGAAGGAUCUUAUCAUCAUCUACAUUUUGAUGUUUUAUACAUUUUUAGCUGAAAGAUUUAAUUCACUUGUUAAAAAUACUCAUUUGAUUAAUUUUAUAAGUACCUGUUUUGUUGUAAUGUUCAGAGUUAGUAUUAAAAUUUCAAAAUUUUUUAUUAUUGAUGAUAAAUAUGCAUUUAAAUAUUUUAAAUCAUGUUUAACCUGCAUUUGUUACUAAACAACUUAUUUUAUUGCAUUUACUUGUUAUGUGAAACACUAAAGUUUUCUCGUCCAUCUUUGGUCAAAAUAUUUUCCAAAAUUUUUUAUUAGGUUUUAGUUUUUUUAGACUGAUUAAGACUAAGACUGAUUUAAUCAUUGCAGUCAAAUACAUUAUACAGUCAAAUAUAGUCAAUCUAGUCUUAAAUUCCAUCCGUACCAUGAUUGUGCUACAGAAUUCAAUAUACGUAAAGCUGUGCAGUACAGAGGAUGUGUGUUUAGUUGAAAAAAAGUACAUUAUAAAAUUAAUUACUUGUAAGCAGACUCUAUGCUGAGUAAGCUGAAGUUGUAAAUUUUUGUAUAAAUUUUAAUCAAAUUUGUGCUUUUUAAGUUAUUACUAUUUAAUUACAAUUUGGCUUUUUAUUUUUCUGCUAUUAACAUCUGUCCUGUGAAAAUAGAAUCUCAGGAAUGCAAAAGUUGCCUUGUAUUGUUGGUUAAUAAUGCUCUUUGGAUUACAUGUGUGAAUGUUUUUGCAGGUUAAAAAAAUAUGUGCAGCAUAUUACACAACUGUAUAUUUUAAUGUUAAAAUGCCUUUACUGUUGGCCUUGCAUUUAUGCAUUAUGAAACAUACUUAGGGAAUGUAUAAAGAUUUUUCUAAGUUCCAGUCAUACUGGAAAAGUUUCAUCAUGCUUAUAUACUAUAAGAAAAUUUUGAAUGCUUUGUGAAACUGUUUAUCUUAUAAUGCUCUUAUGCUACAGAUAAAAUGUGUGCAUGUGUGAAUGUAUGCUGAUAACUUGACAGUUAAAUAUUAUUACCUAAUAUCAAGAGGUUGUAAAAAAUUCAGAAAUCAGGGAAGAAAGCCUGCAAGUUAUCUGUUCCUACCUCUGAAUGUGUAAAAUAUUUAAAUGGCUUAAAAUAUAUUGUGGUCUUGUAUGGUGCUCUAAACUGUAUAUCUUUUACUUCAAUCUGUCUAAAAUUUGCAUUUUGUGUGUGUUAAAACAAAGAAAAAUUUUCAAAAAAAAAAAAAAAAAAAAAAAAA